AUGAAUGUUCCACGAAGAUAUCAUACAGCAUCCACAUUAGCAAAUGGAUCCGUAUUAGUUGCUGGUGGAUCCAACGGUACUAAUCUCAUUAGUACUGAAUUAUACAAUCCAUUAACCGGCACUUGGACAAUCACAGGAAGCAUCAAUGUCCCACGAUUGUAUCACACAGCGACCACAUUAAAAAAUGGAUCAGUAUUAGUUGCUGGUGGAUAUAACAACUCUGCUACUUUUACUAGCGCUGAGUUGUACAAUCCAUCAACAGGCACUUGGACAAUUACAGGAAGCAUGAGUGUCGCACGAGAGAGUCACACAGCAUCCAUAUUAGCAAAUGGAUCAGUAUUAGUUGCUGGUGGAGUCAACAGUGCUUAUCUCACUAGUACUGAACUGUACAAUCCAUUGGCAGGUACUUGGACAACCACAGGAGAUAUGAAUACCGCACGAUGCAAUCACAUAGCAUCGACAUUAGCAGAUGGAUCAAUAUUAGUUGCUGGUGGAUUCAACAGCGGUGUUUAUCUCAACAGUGCUGAAUUGUUCAAUCCAUCAACAGGCACUUGGACAACCACAGGAAGUAUGAACGUCGCACGAGCAAGUCACACAGCAUCCGUAUUAGCAAAUGGAUCAGUAUUAAUUGCUGGUGGAUCCAACGGUAGUAAUAGUUAUUUCAAUAGUGCUGAAUUGUACAAUCCAUCAACGGGUGCUUGGACAACUACAGGAAGCAUGAUUAUUGCACGAGAAUAUCACAUAGCAGUCACAUUAGCAAAUGGAUCAAUAUUAAUUACUGGUGGAAUGGGCAGCACUGGUAUUCUCAAUAUUGCAGAACUAUACAAUCCAUCAACGGGUGCUUGGACAACUACAGGAAACAUGAGCAUCGCACGAUAUAUUCACACAGCAUCUACAUUAGCAGAUGGAAAAGUAUUAGUUGCUGGUGGAUACAGCGGCGGUUCUGGUUCUCUCAAUAGUGCUGAGCUUUAUCAAUCGAUAUAG